AUGGUGUCUGUGCCAGUUACUAUAAUCUACUCCAAAUUCAAUUUGCCCCCAAACCCGAAGAACCAGGAGAGAAAGUCUAAGGGCAAAAAAAGCUCUAUUUUAGUAACUGAACAGGAAAUAACCUAUGUGAAAUUAAGCCUUCAAACUGCUUCUCAGGAUCUUCUUGACAAUGACAAAACUCUCCACAGCAAAGAUUUACCAUCACCUCCAAAAAAGAUUACUGCUGAGAUCUUGGCAAUAAUUUGUAUUGUUCUGAUGGCUUCUGUGUUAAAAACAAUAGUUCUUAUUUUCUCUACAGCAACACAGAAGCAGGCCAAUUCUAUCCAAAAUGCAAGAACUCAGAAAGCACAUAAUUGUAGUUGUCCAGAAGAAUGGUUUACAUAUUCCAACAGCUGUUAUUACAUUGGAAAGGAAACAAAAACUUGGGAGGAGAGUAGGAUGGCCUGUGCGUCUAUGAACUCCAGUCUGCUUUAUAUAGAUGAUGAAGAAGAAAUGAAAUUUCUGGUCUCUCUCGUACGUGAAGCAUGGAUUGGAGUCUUCCGUAACAGCAGUGAUCAUCCAUGGGUGUCAAUAAAGGGCUCAAUGUUCAAAUAUAAGUAA